UCCAAUCACAAUACAGCAAUUUCAAAAUGGAGGACGCUCCGUCAGGUUCCUCGUUGCCCAGCGAGAAAUCUCUAGCCAGGCACGUCGUGCACGUGGAGCGCAACAUGCUGAGUCGCUUGCUGUAUCCGAAUCCAGUGUGCUUGCUGAGUGUGGCAGAUCCAUCGUCGUACACGCGGAACGUCAUGACUGUGACUUGGCUCACCCCCAUCAACAACCACGGUAAGUUCAUUUGCUCGAUCAAUUGCAAUCGCCACACGGCGACCUUUAUCAACGAGGUUGGGCGACAUUUUGUGCUGAACAUCCCCACGGCGCAACAACAGGCCCUCGUGCUCGCCAUCGGCGGGUGCUCGGGUGCAACUACUGACAAGUUUUCGUCGUUGAACAUUGAAACGUGCGAUUUUGCAUGCCCUCGACCGUUGAAACGCAAGCUGCAUGGAAUGUCCAAGAAGGAUCUGGCGGCUGUCGACAUUGCCGACUCCGCCGCAUCCUGUGUGGCCUUGAAGGACUGCAUUGCGCAUGUUCUGUGCCGAGUGCACAAGGUCGACGUCGACGACGGGCACUACAUCAUCACGGGCGUCCAACUCGCGGCGAACGCCGACGCGCGGUACUGGAAUGGAAAGACAUUUGGAUCUACAUCACCAUUAGACCCGCCGUACUUGACAUUUUUGGGCUCAAAAGUGUUUGGCCAAGUCACCGUGUUGGAUGAUGAUACUGCCUCAGCUAUGACUUAGUAGUACUGUAACACGCUCGAAUUGUAUGAGAAUAUCGUGUUAAGUUUUGGGCGCUGGUGGAUGUAGUUUAC